UUCAAUUUCCUUUCAAAUUAUGAUUCAUUCUGAACACAACGCUAAACCGGAGAAUGGAGGCAGAAAGUUACAAUAGACUGAGUCAACAAGACCCUUCUGGUGGUGCCACUGUUUCUCAUCCAUCCAGUGAACGAAAAAACUUUGAUGUUUUCCUCAGUCUUGGUGGAAAAGAUGUUCGCUACACCUUCACUGGUAAUCUCUUUAAUGCUUUGCGCAGCAAGAGAAUUAAGACCCUUUUCAGAGAACAUGAAUAUGAACCUGAUGAUGACACCAAUAUUUCACCCUCUGCUCUUAAAGCAAUACAAACGUCAAAGAUUUCCAUCGUUGUUUUCUCCCCAGAAUAUGCAUCCUCCUCAAAACGUCUCGAUGAACUUGUGGCCAUCCUUGAGUGUAGGAUGAGGACCAACCAACUCGUAUGGCCAAUCUUUUACGGAGUGGAACCGACUGACGUAAGAUUUCAGAGAGGUAGAUAUGAACAAGCCAUUAAUAGAUUUGAAGAAAGAUAUUAUUCCCCAGAGAGGAUGAAUAAAUGGAGAGCAGCUUUGGCUGAAGUCAGCAACUUGAGUGGAUGGUUUUACCAAAAGGGGCACAAAUACGAAUAUAAAUUCAUCCGAAAGAUUGUGGAAGCAGCCGUGCAAUGCCUGUCAAGAUAUGAUGUUUUUCUGAGUUUUUGUGGAGAGGAUACCCGCUACACUCUCACAGGUUUUCUAUACAAUGCCCUUCGCCGAGAGGGAUUCAAAAUCUUCAUGGACGAUGAAGAAUUGGAGGGUGGGAACCAAAUUUCUCAAAAGCUAAUGGGAGCAAUAGAAAGUUCAAGGGUUUCAAUUGUUGUGUUCUCUGAAAACUAUGGAUAUUCCACCUGGUGUGCUUUGUCUCAAAUCACCAACUUGGAAGGAGAGCAUCUCAGUGAAAAUGAGUCUGUUCCAUCAUGAAUCUAUAGAAAGGAUUGUGGAACGGCUCAUUAAUAUUGAAGAUGAGGAAGCAUAUAACAACUCCUUUCCUUGUUCCAAUGACAGCUACGGAGAACAAUGAAUAAAUGAAGACUGUCAAAAUAUACAUGUCGUGGAGCUCUGUGUAAGCAACUGAUAGUGGCAUCAGUAACAAUCCUUGAAUUGUGCUUAUAAGUGUUGUUUCUGCACCCUGUUGCAGUUCCAAUGGUUUUUUGUAUUCCUUUUAAAUCUCGUUUAAUUCUUGAGGUCUGAUGUGUUUUUUCUGCAUCUUUUGUGAUGAGUGGUGCUAUUUUAGCACAUGGACGUUUUCAUUAGCUUAGGUUCCAUGAAUCAGAGUUUGAAUACUUGCUGUUGAGACAUUGUAAUCUACUCAGACACAAAUAGAAAUAUAGUAUACACAAUUAAAUUUUUAAACUUCAAUUUUAAUUUUCA